AAAAAGCAUAAUAAUAUUUACUAAUUAAUUAUGUAAGUAUGUACAUAUUCAUAUAUCACUGAGUAUAUAUAUCCUACUCAUCUCUGCCUUUUUCUCUCGUUCCCAACUCCUUACGCGCUCUCUCUCUAUCUCUUUAGCUUUCUCUUUCUAGCGGCGAAGCCAUGGGUUAUCCGGUGGGGUACACUGAGCUCCUCCUCCCAAGAAUCUUCCUUCACUUACUCUCUCUCUUAGGCUUAAUACGAACACUCAUAGACACGGGUUUUCGGAUAUUGGGUCUACCCGACUUUCUCGAAUCCGACCCGGUUUCAUCGUCAUCGUCAUGGCUGGAACCACCGUAUAUGUCCACGGCGGCGCAUCAUCACCAAGAAAGCUCAUUUUUCUUCCCAGUGGCGGCGAGGCUAGCUGGAGAAAUCUUGCCCGUCAUCAGAUUCUCGGAGCUAACUCGACCCGGAUUCGGAUCCGGAUCCGAUUGCUGCGCGGUGUGCCUCCACGAGUUCGAGAACGAUGACGAGAUCCGACGGCUGACGAAUUGUCAACACAUAUUUCACCGGAGCUGUUUAGACCGUUGGAUGAUGGGUUAUAAUCAGAUGACGUGUCCACUUUGUAGAACGCCGUUUAUUUCUGAUGAGUUACAAGUUGCUUUUAACCAACGAGUUUGGUCUGAAUCUGAACUUCUCGCAGAAUCAAAUUAGAAUCUUUCUUGUUUGGGUGGAAUUAGUUUCUACUAAUGAGAAAAUUAAUUUCUAUCUUUUUUUUUUUUUUUUGUUUAAUCUUUAGCUGAGUGGUUGAUAUAUGUAAAUAUAAAAUUAUAGGUGGUGAUGCUUAGUAAAUUAGAAGAAUGAAAUUUGUAUUAUCCGUUGAGGAAAAAAAAGAAAUGAAUGGAAAUCUUAAUUUUACUAUU